AUGGGUUCAUUAGGCCACGCAAACGUACUCACCAACAACUUCAGCAACUGCAGCAAAAGGAACACAUCAGUACACUAUAAGCUAUUCAUAUACCAGGAAGAGUUGCGCCGACGCAAUGCACGGCAAAUACGCAUCGCCAAAUCGAAGAUCUCGCUAACCGACUCGCUGAUCACUGAGAAUGUGCAGCACUUGCAUGAUUGCAGCCUCGAAGAUUUGCGUAUCAUCAGCCGCGAAAUGUCAUUCAAGAAGCAUUUGCAAAAGCAAGUCUCGCGCUAUUCCAAGCUCACCGCAUUGGGUGUGAAUAUCGAUCUGCAUCUACAAAGAAGCCCAACAACUACAACGUUAUGA